AUGUUCUCAAGAGCUUUGCGAGCGUACAGAUCUUGCAAAGUCGAUACAGGAUAUCUCAAUCUGAAAAAUCCGUCUGCUCAUAUAAGAGUUCCUCAGAAUAAGUCCGGGAUUGAAUUUUCAAGGCACCGUUCAGACUCAAUAUCUACACAUCUACAGUCCUUUACCAUGGCCGCAGAUUCGAGCAAGCUGAAAUAUAUUGAUAUUGGUAUCAACUUCACGGACCCAAUUUUCCGAGGUGUAUACCACGACAAGCAGAGACACGAAAACGACUUUGAAGAUAUAAUUCAACGGGCCCUAGACGCCGGAUGCAAAAAGUUCAUGGUCACAGGGUCCGACCUCGAAGAAUCCAAACACGCCAUUGAAAUCUCAAAAGCACAUCCCGGACUCUGCUACGCAACAAUAGGUGUCCACCCUUGCUCGGCAAAGCAAUUUGAUGACUUUCCCGGAGGUCCAUCUGCUCUGCUCACCGCACUGAAAGAUCUGGCCACGGAGGCUAAACAGGCCGGUCACGCCGUAGCCUUUGGCGAAUUUGGACUCGACUACGACCGCCUGUUCCUGACGCCCAAGGAGCAGCAGCUCAAGUACUUCGAAGCACAGCUGGAAAUUGCAGUUGAUGUGCAGCUCCCUUUGUUUCUGCAUUCGCGGGCUGCGAGUGAGGAUUUCGAGAGGUUAUUGAAGGCGAAGCUGGAGCAGUUGCCGAAGAGGGGACUGGUGCAUAGUUUUACGGGUACGGUAGAGGAGAUGCAGAGACUGGUGGGACUGGGGUUCGAUAUCGGGGUCAACGGGUGUAGUAUGAAGACGGAUGAGAACAUUGACGUGGUAAGGCAAAUACCACUUGAGAGAUUGCAAAUCGAGACAGACGGCCCUUGGUGCGAGAUGCGGCCCAGUCAUGCAUCAGCCAAAUUCCUCAAGGAUGCCCCGCCACUCCCCAAGGCUGUGAAGAAAGAGAAGUUUGUCAAGGGAUCAAUGGUGAAGGGGCGAAAUGAGCCUGCUACCAUUCCCCAUGUGGCGUAUGCGAUUGCUCAAAUCAAGGAAAUCACCGUAGAGGAGGUGUGCGAGGCUGCAUGGAACAACUCGGUCAAGAUGUUCGGCCUUGGAGAGCAAGCGUAG